UUGACAGCCCGCAAGUUUAAUCAGUGCCCCCAGCUCCUCUAGUUGCCUGCCACAGUACUGAGUUGUUGCAGCCAUGGCUCUUUUGAAAUCAUGCAAGAUUAUCUCCGCUGUUGCGGGUCAUAGUCCUGUUCUUGGAGUGUUUCCUAUUCGUGCAAGCUCAUGGUGGUCAGAGGUGCAGAUGGGCCCCCCUGACCCCAUUCUUGGGGUCACUGAGGCCUUCAGGCGCGACACCAACCCCAAGAAGAUGAACCUGGGUGUGGGAGCUUACCGUGAUGACCAGGGCAAGCCCUAUGUCCUCAGCUGUGUCCGUAAGGCUGAGGCACAGAUUGCUACGAAGAAGAUGGACAAAGAAUACCUGCCCAUCGGUGGUUUCGGCGAUUUCAACAAGGCCUGUGCCCAACUCGCUCUUGGCUCUGACAAUGAGGUCCUCAAGAGUAACAGGAGCAUCACUGUCCAGACCAUCUCAGGAACUGGAUCCCUGAGAAUCGGUGCUAACUUCCUGUCUCGCUUCCAUACCUCAGUCCGUGACGUGUACCUGCCCAAGCCCUCUUGGGGAAACCACACCCCCAUCUUCAGGGAUGCUGGAAUGCAGCUGAAGGCCUACCGUUACUACGACCCAAGCACCUGUGGGUUUGACUCCAAGGGAGCCCUGGAUGACAUCUCUAAAAUCCCAGAAAAGAGUGUGAUCCUUCUCCAUGCCUGCGCACACAACCCUACUGGUGUGGACCCAAGGCCUGAGCAGUGGAAGGAGAUGUCUGCACUGAUUAAGAAAAGGAACCUGCUGGUGUUCUUUGACAUGGCCUACCAGGGCUUCGCCAGUGGAGACAUUGACCGUGAUGCUUGGGCUGUUCGUCACUUCAUUGAGCAGGGCCACAACAUUGUGCUCUCUCAGUCCUUUGCUAAGAACAUGGGGUUGUAUGGUGAGCGUGUCGGAGGCUUCACCGUGGUGUGCAAGGAUGCUGAUGAGGCCAAGCGUGUGGAGUCCCAGCUCAAGAUCCUCAUCAGGCCCAUCUACUCCAACCCCCCCAUGAACGGAGCCCGCAUUGCCGCCACCAUCCUCAACACACCGGAGCUCAACAAGGAGUGGCUGGAGGAGGUCAAGGGCAUGGCCAACCGCAUCAUUAAGAUGAGGGAGCAGCUGGUGGCCAAUCUGAAGAAGGAAGGCUCCUCCCACAACUGGCAGCACGUUAUUGACCAGAUUGGCAUGUUCUGUUUCACCGGACUCAAACCAGAGCAAGUGGAGCGCCUGACUAAAGAAUUCUCCAUCUACAUGACCAAGGAUGGGCGCAUCUCCAUGGCCGGAGUGACCUCCGGAAAUGUGGGCUACCUGGCACAGGGCAUCCAUGCCGUCACCAAGUGAGGAGUCGAGCCACGGCUGUAGCUGCCUCAUGGGAGACGGGAGGCUGUAGAGUUUGAACAGGAGAGAGCGAGAGAAAGAAAAAAUGUAAUUUAAAAGCCUUUAUAUUUAAAUCAGUUCUGUCUCCUCACACACAUCUUUCCUUAGGAGGUUUUGAAAUAGUUUAAAAUUGUAGAUUUCAUUUGAGUUUUAAUUGAUUGGCAUUUUUGUCAUUUGUCAGUGACCUACAGUAGGUUUUAAUAUGGGAUUGCACUGAAACCUCCAAAGGCUUCUUGUUGACAGCACUUGACAGACUAUUUUAAAGCAGAGGGCUCGCAACUGUUUUAUUGAUUAUGCAUUUUUCCAAAAGGAUAUUAACAAGCACAAUGAGUCAAUUAGCAAAUGGUCAGAUUGUAUUCUGACUCCCUGUCUUUGGAGUAAUUAUGAUUUAAUUAUGUUGAACAUUUGUUACCAAAAAUUAUAUACAUUCAGUUACAAAGAAUAUAUUUAAAAUAUUUAUUAAGUGGUUUGCAAAACCAAACCAUCGAUUUGAAUUUCAAGAAGUAAUCCGUAAACACCUCCAAAAUGUAUCUGACUCUUACUACUGUAAAUGUGUAUGACUGGUUCUUGCCCUCUCGAUUCUAGAACUGAAUACUAGAGAACAGUUUGAAACACAGGCCUAAGACCAAUAGUAGCGUACUCUGCCUUUCCCAGUGACAAACUAUAAAUGGGACAUUGAUGCAAUGCCACUGGAGUCAUGACACUCCUUAAUAACAAGAGGACACAGCGCGCUCUAUGAAUUCACUGACUGUGAUGACAGAAUGGCCACAAUGUGUGCUUCAAAGCUUUUCCUUUCGUAUGUUUUGUUACUUAUGAGCGCUGGCUGUAUGUGGUGGUGUCUGUGGCAGAACACACCAAAGACUUAACGAACAAGAGCAGAGCAAACAUUUCAAAAGGGCCCCAGAACCCAGCUGUUACAUACGGAUACUUCACACUUAACUUCAAGGUGAAGUUAAGAAUUCACUAUAGAAAUCGGUGUAAAAUCUCUGCAUGACUUUGACCCAGGUCUGAUGGGUGAAUGUCUCCUCAUUAUGUGGAAAAAUGGGCAUAGUGUGAAUGGGAAAGUGGUACACAUUUCAAUCAGUAUGUUAGAGACCAUCAUGGUGUCACUCUUUUCUGUUUUCUGUGUUUUCAGACUUUAAGAUGUGAACAUUUCUCAUCAGGGUUCUGAGAGAGCAACAGUUAGUAUUUGAUUGUGCUGCAUCUUUAGUUCACUGUUACUUUACUGCUGUCCAGUUUUUUCUUAAUUUUUGCACUAGAUUGGAAGGGGUUGCUUUUGCACUGUUGAUGAGAUGGGACCUGGGACAUUUACUACUGUAGAUGAGCUUCAACAUUUUUCCACAUGCUGCUUAUCUUAAUAUAGAAGUAAAAAAUCGAAUCAUAUAAAUGGUCCAUUAUCCACAUGUACAAAAUACUGAGGGAAAAAACCCUCUCAAAACUAAUCUUCAAUAAACCUUUGCUUGACUCAGAAAAAACAUACAAAGUGUAUAUUACCACCACCAGUAAAAUUCUGUUCAAUGUGUGAAAGAUGUCAAAAAUACUGUAAACAUAAAGUAUGAAUAAAAUUAUAAUAUUAUAUA